UUUUGUCGCUUAUCAUACAGUAGAAGAAGAAACAUCAUUCUCCAGGAAGUGCUCCAUUAUAACAUUUAGACAAGUAACCUAUGCUUUCACCUGUCAACAAUGCUGUCACUGAAUAAUAUAGGCGUUAUUUGCAUAUCUCAGGCUCUUCAGCAUUCACCAAAGUUAUUAGCUAUCAGGCAAUUGUUAUCAAAGGCUUCGUCUCGUGCAACGCUAUGCAACAACUCUAUCACCUUCAGCAGUAAGGGCACAAGGAGGCACACGGGCUUCAGAUUACUUAACGAAAGUAUAGUAAAACAUGUCAGUUCACUGCAAACGACUUUCUGCACAGCCUGUGUGAAGCUACACUGUUGGAACUGUAGCCAGUCUAUCGAACAAACUCCGGCCUUCUUCUGUUUAUCGUGUAACUUUGUCCAGCCUCCAGAUGAGAGGGCGUCCUAUUUCCUGAUUAUGGAGUGUGACCAGACCUUUGCACUGGAUACCCAGAGGCUGCAGAAAACAUACUUGAAGCUCCAGCGGUCUCUUCACCCUGACAACUUCAGCCAGAAAACUGCGAAAGAACAAGAGUACUCUGAAUACCAGUCAGCCCUAGUAAACAAAGCAUACAGGACCCUGCUCAAGCCUUUGAGUCGUGGCCUUUACAUGCUGGAGCUGAAUGGCAUGGGGAUAGAGGAGGGGACUGAUGCGGGGGCUGAUCCUCUGUUCCUUAUGGAGUUGAUGGAGAUCAACCAAGCACUGGAUGAGGCACGAAGCAAAGAAGAGUCGGCCAAGAUAGGCGCCUCUAUGAAAGAGAAGUUGAAAGACUUGACUGAACAAAUAGAUGCAUCCCUGCACAAAGGAGAGCUUCAAGCUGCCAAAGCACUUCUCGCCCAAAUGAAAUACUUUGCGAACAUUGAAGAGAAGGUGAAGGAAAAACUUUCAGAGCUAAUGUAAACUGUGUUGACUUCCUUUUGAUGGUUCCAGGGUCAUUUUAAGGUUGUUGAUAUUUUCAAAAAAAUACAAUGCCACAUUUGAAUAGAAGGUUUUAAAGAUGUAUUCGCAUGUGAGUUUCAGGUAUACAAAUAAAUGUCAAGUAUUUACUGA